CUGAACGCAUCUAGCAACUAAACUAGAUUUACUUUUUGUUAGUUUCCAUUUGUAAAUCAAAAUUUCACUUGGACAGAAUGCACUGCAAAAUCUUUUUAGUCUCUGUUAUCGUUUCCCUUGGAUUCCUGACCAUUGGUGAAGGAAUGAGUCUUAGAGGUCUGGGUGUAGAUCCACGCUGUCGCUGCAUUGAAACUGAGAGUCGACGCAUUGGAAAACAGAUAGAGAGUGUGGAGCUCUUCCCUCCAAGCUCACACUGUAAAUACACAGAGAUCGUUGCCACCCUGAAGAUAUCUGGGAAAGAGAUCUGUCUGGACCCUACUGCACCCUGGGUUAAGAAGGUCAUUGAGAAGAUCAUUGCCAACAAAGCCUCAUGAAUGUCAAGGUCAUCUGUGAAGUUGAGAAUGAAGAUAUGAAUGAUAUGGCCACAUCUGACAUUUUAACCUGUACCGAUGGGCACAGUCCUACUUUUUUAUGUUUAAAACAGUUUGUUCAAUACUGAGUGUUGUUCACAUAAGUGUUGAGUGUUGUAUUUAUAUUUAUGUAUUUAUUUAUUAUAUU